AUGCAACGAUAUUACGUUGCCUUUGUCAUUUCAUAUGUGAUGAUAGUAUGUAUCGCAUCGAAUUCAUCGCAAGUGUUAAGACUUAAUGCAAAAUCUGCUGGUGCUUCUGGUGCAAUGAAACAAGUUGCUCAAGUUUUAAAUGUAUCAGUACCUGCAAAUUGGGCUGAUUACAUGAGUUCAACUACAACAGAUGGUUCAGUUGGACAAGCUGAAGUUGGAAUUUCUACACUUGCUACAGUAAUGGCAAGUUGGCUCAUUCCCGAAGAAUUUCGUGAUCAAGCAGUUCGAAAUGUUAAAACAUUGAUAAUAGCUGCAAC